AGUACAUAGUAGAUAUGUACCACAUUACGGAGAAACCUCCCCCAAAUAAAUUUCUAUGGCUCCUUGCUAGAAGUUUAUUAUCCUUUUUAAAAAAAGAAGUUUAUUAUCAGAAUACUUGGUUUGUCCCCUUUUGAAUUUGACUCGCGAAUCCCUCCUCUCAUUUUCAAUGACUCGUCCAUCAUAGAUUUUUAGUGCUAAUAAAGCUAUAAUGUCCCAUGGGAAGGGGCGAGGAGAUAAAUUCAUAUCACAUAUGAUAUGAUUUGUGAUGAAUGAUAAUUCAUACUCAUUAAGCAUCCAAUACUCUCGCUUCGUAACAUAAUUUUGCUUGAGUUUCAAACCAAGAUAGUACUAUCGGAUGAUUGCCAUAAUUCAAAAAUACGAACUUUUAUGAAGUUCAUAAAUCAUAAUAAUACGGUGAAUCGGUGACAUAUUUGUUUAAAAAACACAGUAUAAGGACUAAAACUGCUAUUCAUCCAUAAUAUUAAUACUAACACCGUGAUUAAAUUUGUGUUUCGUUAUCCUAUUAAGCAGUGGCAUUGGCCCACUUAGAACUCAAUUUUCAUUUGUGGCGACCAGUCAAUGCGGACUUUGGAUGUGGGCCCACAAUCCCUCCUCAACCACAAUUUGGGCCCCAGCACUUUGCUUUUCCCCAUAACAGACCGGCGGCGACAUACAUUCAUCCAUUCGCUAAUCAUGUAAUUAGUCAGCUAAUCAAGAAAAUUACCAUUUACCGCCAUAAUAAACGGCGUCGAAGAAGACGACCCAACCGCUGCCACCUCACCUCAUCCUGCGCAGGCAUUAAUCGAUUUGGUAAAAUCCUUCAUCAUCACACCAUCCCUUAAUCGAUUCUUAAACGAAGUUAAUAGACAAAACAGGAAUUCCAGCACAGGCAGCCUGCAGCCAAACCUGAAAACCUCAACAAACCCCUCAAAUCUCAAAUAAGCUUGGAGAGAAGCUUCAUCGAUUCCCUAAUAUUCAAACCCUUCUGGCCUUCUCCCUCUCUGUCUCUCUCCCUCGUUACCGCGACGUUUCUCUUCCUUCCUUCCUUUCUCUCUCUCAACAUUUUCUCUUCCUCCAAGCACGCCACAAAAGCCCCAUACCUGAUAAUUGAUAUCACUAUCUUGCACAAAUUCUCAGGGAAUCUCUCUCUAUCCCUUUUUUUUUCUGAAUCGUCACCACCACCACUACCCAAUUGGGAAGAGAUCAGGUUUCAUUUGGUUUCUUCCCUUUUUGCCGCCUGUGCCCAGUUUCUGAUUUCUCUCAUCCUCAUCUCUCAGGUGCGGUUUUGUUUAUCAGUCCUUUCGUUUCGGUUUAUAGGGUCGACGCAAAGUUGCAAGCUUUCUUUGAAACGGGGGGAGAAAGAAAGCCUUUCUUUUUGGUUGUUGUUUAAUGUUGUCAAUUUCGUGCCUUUUUCGAAGCUCUUGGGAAUUUGGGUAUGGUUUUGAUUCUAUGGAAUUUCGUAUUGAAUAUUUGAAUUUGAGCUAGCCGAUCGAUGAAAUGAAACCAUAACUUUUGAAGCUUCCUUUUUUCCCUUUAGAGCGAGGGAAUCGCCUUUUUGUAUCAUUGUGUGCUCGUGCUCGAGUUUUUGUGGAAUUCUGAUUCUGAGUUACUGGUCUUCACCAAGCAAUAAUUCAACCCAAUUGUCUGGCCUUGGAUUGGUCUGUCAUGGGAAUCAUUUUGCUGAACAAGUUGGUAGGGUUUUUACCUAUAUCUUACUUCUUUCAGGAGGGCCUUUUUAAAUCGUACUUUAUUCUUGGCCUAAAUUUGUGGUGUGAACGAAGAGAGGGGAAGGAUGAGAAGAAGUGUUAGAUCGGUUCGCCACUUAGUCUAUGCUUUUCAAGAAUACAGUAGUUCAUCGGCUAGAUGGGUUGGUGGAAGAAGGCAGAGGAUUUUGAUACAGGCCAACUCUGCCUCUCUCCAUACGUUACUCACUAACACUGACAGGGAUAAAUUCGCCAACUUUAGAGCUUUAUCAACUGAUGCUGUGGCACGGGUUCCCGAUUCAGUUGCAGAUGUCCACAAGGCAGGGCCGCUUGUGGAGUAUGAAAGAAGGAUUGCUGCUGGAGAACUUAUGGAUGGUGAUAGCUGUCAGGUAGGAACAUUGAGAGAACUACAAAGGCUCUUUGACGAGAUUGUUGAGUCGGCUGAUGCCUGCAAGUUAGAUCGAUAUUCUACUUCUGAUAAAUCAGGAAGGAGUCGGUGGUUAUGGUCACGUUUCAUCCCACAGUCGACAUAUUCGCCUGUGAAAGGGCUCUAUCUUUAUGGAGGUGUAGGCACUGGGAAGACCAUGCUGAUGGACUUGUUCUAUGAUCAAUUGCCUUGCAGCUGGAGGAAAAAGAGGAUCCAUUUCCAUGACUUUAUGCUCAAUGUCCAUAGUCGCUUGCAAAGACACAAAGGUGUGUCAGAUCCACUUGAAGUAGUCGCAGGGGAGAUCUCUGAUGAGGCGAUUUUGUUAUGUUUAGAUGAGUUUAUGGUGACUGAUGUAGCUGAUGCAUUGAUACUGAAUCGCCUCUUUGGACAUCUAUUCAGCAAUGGCGUUAUUCUUGUUGCCACUUCAAAUCGCAACCCUGAUAAGCUCUAUGAAGGUGGACUACAAAGGGAUCUCUUUUUGCCCUUCAUCCAAACUCUGAAGGAAAGAUGUGUGGCUCGUGAAAUUGGCUCAUCAGUAGACUAUCGAAAAUUGGGCUCGGCUGAGCGAGGAUUCUACUUCGUCGGGAAAGAUAUAUCCAGCCUCCUAAAGCAGAAGUUUCAGGAAUUGGUUGGUGAACACAAAGUUGGACCCGAGGAGGUGGAAGUAGUGAUGGGAAGAACAUUGCAGGUCCCACUCGCUGCUGAUGGAUGUGCAUACUUUCAGUUCGAGGAACUUUGUGAUAGACCUCUUGGAGCUGCAGACUACUUUGGAUUGUUCAAGAAUUUCCAUACACUUGCACUAGAAGGUAUCCCAAUCUUAGGACUCCACAACAGGACCGCAGCAUAUCGAUUCGUGACAUUAGUCGAUGUUAUGUAUGAAAACCGGGCAAGACUGUUAUGCACAGCAGAGGGAACUCCAUUGGAGCUCUUCCAGAAGAUAGUGACAAUUUCUGAUGCCCAGCAAAUGGCCCCUAGAACUUCUACCCGAUCAAGGAGGAGCGAUGAGGCUGAUCUCUGUGUAGAUAAUGAACUUGGGUUUGCCAAAGAUCGAACCAUAAGUAGGUUGACUGAGAUGAACAGCAAAGAGUAUUUGGAACACCAUGCUGCCAUGAUAGAGGAGAAGCAACAGCAGCAGCUCUCACAAGAAGCUGCAUCAGUGCAGCUAUGAGAUCAAGAUGAUGGCGAAAAGGGCAGUUGAUUUGGAUACAAAGAUGAACAUACACAUAAAAUGCCGACUGGCGUUGGGGGAGCUCUGAUGUCUAUUGCUGGAUGAAUAAUGAGCACAUUUUCCAACUUACAUCAGCUGUAAACUAGCAUUUGUAGCAUAUCAGUUGAUUUCCCCUUACCUUGAUUCCCUCCAUGUUUCUUCUUACCAUGUUGCUCCGUGAAUAAUGUGGGCUGGUGAAGCUAUUCUCUUACUUCAUUGCCCAUCUUCUUUAGCUUUUGGAAUGUUGUCCAUGAGGCCGUGGAUAUUUGUAUGAUCGAUGUAAAAGAAAUCAUGAGUAGUAUAUAUGAUUAUUGUUACUUCGUUAUCAUGUUGUAUAUCCUCUUUAUUCUUAAACUGAAUGUUGAAUCAUAAGAAUUGAAGUGAGUUGGCUAAACAUACAAAUAUCCUUUCUCAUUUCACUUAUGAGAUCUUAUGAUUUCGCGUUAUAAGUUUUUUUUUCCUUGGGUUAUAGGUAUAAUAUGCUCCUCUACUAUGACGUUUUAUCAAAUAUGCCCCUCUAUUAUUUUUUACAUCAAAUAUACCCCUGUACUUUGAAAAAAUUAUCAAACAUGCCCUUCUGUUAAAAAUUCCAUUGAAAAAAUUGUCAAUCAUGUUUGAAUUGAGAUUUAGACGACCCGACAUCGACAAAUGGGAGGGAAAAUGUCAGUUUUGUCCCCUGUUUUAUUUCCUUUGGUCUUUUCAAAGUGAAAUUAUUUGAAUGAUUUAAUUAUACAAAAGAACCAAAAAGAUUCUAAAGUGAAUUUAUUAGGGAUAUUUUAGUCAUUUGUGUCGCCCAAACUAAAGUUCGGCGUUGGUUAACGAUUUUUAGAUUAAAUUUUUAACAAAAGGGCAUGUUUGAUCAUUUUUACAAAGUACAGGGGCAUGUUUGAUGUAAAAAAUAGUAAAGGGGGAUGUUUGAUAAAACGUCAUAGUAGAGGGGCAUAUUAUAGCUAUAACCCUUUUUUCUUCAAUUAUUUAUUUGUGUGACAUAUAUUGUCGAAUAAUUUCACAUAUAUUGUUGAACAAGUGUAUAAAGGGUCGUUUGAAAGUUGCAAUUGUUAAAUAGAUGUAUUGUUGUGAGUUCAUGUAUAAUAUUAUACAUGUAUUUACGAAUUUGGUGGAUUGUAAAAUACAAUGUGUGAUAUAUGUGAUUGUGUAUGUCACAUCAGCUAAAAGCUGAGAUAAAACAAUCUCAACUCAACAAUAUCAACAAUCACAAUUAAAAACUGAGAUAUAACAAUCACUUAUUUUGAGUGAUAAUUUCAGUCACAUCACAUAAACAAUAUGCUAAAAAAAACAAUAUAUUCUAAACAAUACAUGUAUAAUAACAAUUUCAUCAAAACAAUCACAACUACGAAUCUCUUACCGGUAAGAAAACUAAUGGUUGUGUGACACAAAAGACUCGUAUUUUGAUAUAACCACAACUCGUUUACUCGGAUACCGACUUCCUCGUAGGGGCUCUAGUCUCUUAAAUCGCCUUCUCGGUAGGAGAUUUUGGAAUCUGGAUGUCCGCGUGACUGACUGUUGGGGUCCCCAA